GCAACUUCUAUACUGUUUCUGUUUUAAUAGCAACAGUCCUUGUAUCUUCUACUUUCAGUUCCAAUUAAGCAUUUUCGAAAGUUGUGCUUGGUUUUAAGUUGUAGAUGAAGCAUCAUAUUCUAUAUGCCUAUUGCAAUUGUGUUACCAUAGUUCCGUCAUCUUCGGUUUCCAUUACAACUACUUUCAUUCUUACACAGGCUUUGAAAUAUGCUGAAGGAAUAUGUUGGGUGAUGCAUUAUUACUACCAAGGAGUCUGCUCAUGGCAAUGGUUUUAUCCUUACCACUGUGCUCCCUUCGCAUCUGAUUUACAUGGUUUCGAUAACUUCCAUACCACUUUCACACUAGGAGAGCCCUUCAAGCCUUUUGCUCAAUUGAUGGGUGUCCUUCCAGCUGCAAGGUUUUGUACUAAAGUUAAUGUUCUUUAUUUUAAUUUAAAUAUGCAUGAUAAGCUCAUGCUUUUAUUGCUUUUAACUCUGACAUCAUAUGUCGAUUCAUGUUAG